CUGUGAGCGAACGUUUCACUGCGAAUAUGUCAAAGGUCGGCCAUGAAGUGUGCGAAACAACAAAAAGGACAAACACAAAUGUGUAUACACUAUAAAAGAAAACAAAAGAUAAUAACAUAUAUUAAUAUAUAUAGAUAUUUAUAAAUAUAACGGAAGACGUUCCACAACAACAAAAAAUCUAAAAGCUGUAAUUAAGUUUAGUAGUUAGAAAACAAACUUAACAACAAAUCAAAAGAAGAAAAACCCGACCAAUAAUUUCAAGUUGACAUUUAGACAGAGGUUUUUCUCACAGUGCAUUGUGGUUAAAUGAGUCAACGUCAUCGCAGCAGGACGCACCACAACCUGCAAGACCGUAGACAUACCCCCAACAAUACCAGCACAAACCCUCCCAUCAAGUAUAGCCUUGCCACGCGCAGAGAUCGGCAUCAAAAUUAAGCCAAUCGACGACCAAACCUAAAACGCAGCGUUGCGUCCUUUGACGCACGUAACGGGACAUUUCUGUGUGCGCUGCGUUUCAAAAAUCUGAUGGAUGGAAAUGCACAAAAUAUGUUUCACGGAAAUCAUCAAGGAGAUCCCUAUUACCGUUAUGAUGCGGCCGCCGCAGCAGCCGUUGCCGCAGCGGCAAAUCCUCGAGCCAUGGGCCCGCCCGGUGGCUAUCCGCCGCGUCAUCGAGCGCCGCAUCCGCUACAGCAACAGCCACAAUAUCCAUCGUACCAGCCAACGGCGGAGAAUCUCUACGGGCUGGGGCCCACCGAUCAGCACGCGGCCAUGGGCGUCGGCAUGGCUGAUCUAAGCGGCUGGGGUGCAGCGCCCUCUGUGCCGGGCCAAGCGGCCGCAUAUCCCGGUGCCGGUCUAGGCGCCUACGGACAUCCGCAGGCAGCGCCGCCGACGCAGCAGCAGCGUCAGAGCAAUGCCAGCGCCUAUCGCCAACAUAUGCCCGCCUAUGGACAGCAGGAGCAGCAGAAGCUGGUGCCGUACGGGGCACAGCAGAACAUGAUGGGUGCCCUGGGCGCCAGUGGCUACGGCAGCCUGGCACCACAACAGCAACAGCAGCAGCAGCAACAACAGCAGCCACCCACGCCACAGCAACAGCAGCAGCAACAACAGCAGCAGCAGCAGAGCCAGCAGCAGGCUCGACUGCCGCAGCACUAUCCACAAGCGCCCGGCCAGCAUCCGCUGUAUCCAGGUGCGCCGGCUCAAGCAGCACAGCCGGCGGCACCACAGGCAUACGCGCACAGUCCGUACGGCAGUCCGAUGCAACAUCAGCCGGGUCGCGGCGCUCCGCAGCAUGUGGGCUACGGCCAUGCGGCACUGGAUCAGGCGAGCGCCUAUGGACAACACGUGCCCGGAGCAGCGCCGCCGUCGCAUCAUCUAACCGCGCAGCAGCAGCAGGCUGCGCAGUUGGGUGCGCAUCCCAGCUCACAUAUAGCCAGUGCACAGCAGCAACAGUUGCAGACCCAGCAGCAGCAGCAGGCGCAGCAACAGCAGCAGCAACCGAACCACGUGAGCCUAAUGCAGCAGCAGCAGCUGCCAGGCGCUGUGUUGCCGCCGCCGCACAUGGGCAUGCCGCCCAGCUAUGGCAGCCAUCAUCAGCAGCAGCAGGCACAGCAGCAACAGCAGGCACAACAACAACAACAGCAGCAGCAACAGGCACAGCAGCAACAGCAGCAGAGUGCGCCGCCCUACAUGUCCAGCAGCAAGCAUCAGGGCAGCGCUCAGCUCAACUCCUCGCCACAAUAUCGUGCACCAUUUCCACAGCUAUCGCCACAAAUGUCGCCACGCCCGCCGACAAUGUCGCCGCAUCCGCAAAUGUCGCCGCGGCCCGGCGUAUCGCCCGCCAAGCCACCACAAACAGCCCAGCAGCAGCAGCAGCAGCAGGUGCAACAGCAGCAGCAGCAGGUCAAUUCGCCCAGCCAGCACAGCAUCCAAGGCAUGGUGGGUCUGCCCUCGCCCAGAGCGCAACCACCGAGCUCAGCCACAGUCGGCAAUGCCAAGGUCCCAGUCAGCAGUGUGGCAGCCGGCGGCGUUGUUCCGCCUGUGGUCAACACGCUGCAAGCACUCGAACAAAUGGUUAUGCCCACACAGGCGCAUGGGCUGCCGCCCAUGGACUAUCCUUCGUCGUAUCGCAGCGCUGCGGUCAUGGGAGGACCACGCAUGCCCGCCUCACCCUCUCCACAGCACCAUCAGCAAUGGGGCGCGCCGCACAUGGCGGCGAUGCAACAGCAGGCGCCACAACAGCCGCCGCCACAGCAGCAGCAGCAACAACAACAGCAGCAGCAGGCGGCGGCUCAGCAACAGGCAGCGCAGCAGCAAGCUCAAGCGCAACAGCAACAGCAUCAGCAUCAGCUGAGCAUGUACGGACAGAGUAUGGGGCAACAGCCACAGCAAACAGCGCCCACUGCACCACCACCACAGCCGCCAGCACCAGUGCUGCAACAGCAACAGCAGCAGCAGCAACAACAACAGCAGCAGCAGCAGCAGCAGCAACUGAACGAGCAACUGCAGCAUUCCAUCAAUGAUAUUGUCGGUGGUAAUCAGCAGCAGGCGCAACUGAGCGCACAGAUGUCCUCCUCGCCGCUGCAUCAGCAGAGUUUGCCCAGCAUGCAUCAUCUGAGCUCUGCGGCGCAUCAUCAGCAACAGCAGCAGCAGCAGCCUUCGCUGGAGGCCAGUGCAGCUCAACAGCCACAGCAGCAACAGUUGCAGGCGCAACAGCAACAGCAGUUGCAGCAUCAGUCGCCCAUACAUCAGCAACAGUCGCCGCUGCAGCAGCAACAUUUGCCCAACUAUGCGCAGCAGCAGAGCAGCAAUCAACAGCAGCAGCAGCAACAACAGCAGCAGCAGCAGCAACAACAACAGCAGCAUCAGCAGCAAUUUGAUGCAUUUGCCAAUAUACUGGGAGAUACACAGCAAGCCCCCACAGCUGCUGCAGUAGCAGCAACUGCAGCUGCAACACAGCAAACAAUGUCGCCAGCGCAUGUUAGUUCGCCCAUACCACAGCUGCAACAGCAGCAGCAGCAGCAGCAACAUCAGCAACAACAACAGCAGCAGCAGCAGGUGCAACAGCAGGCGCAAUUGCAACAGCAACCCGCCACGCCCACACCACCAACACCCUCGCAUCAUCUGAGCAGCAUACUGAACGAAACAGCCAACUCGAAUGAUUCGUCAACGCUGGCUGUCGCGGCCAACGACAGCAACAACAGCAGCAGCAACAGCAGCACCAACAGCAUUGUCAACAACCAGCCCACCUCGGUGCACGACAGCAACUCGCAGAGCAGCAUCAACAGCAACAACCAGCAGCCGUUGCUCUCGAACAUGGACACCGUCGGCAGCGGGGGCAUGCUGAACAGCAACUCGGACUCGACGCACACCACGCACCAUCAUGUGAGCGGCGUGGAUGUUGGUCUCUUCGACAACAAUUCAAUGAGCUCGACAAGCGCCGCUGCCGUUGCAGCUGCCUCGAAUGCGGCCAAUGCAGCGGCAGCGCUGCUCGACAGCAAUUCCCAAUCAUCGAAUGCGGAAUUCGAGAGCUCGAAGAGCGAGCAGCCGGAGCAACAGCAACAGCAGCCACAGCAACAGCAGCCACAACAGCAGCAGCAGCAGCAGCCGGCAACAGGUGCUGAUGAUUUGUGCGCCCAGCUGGCCCAGGACGAGAAUAGUAUUUCGAAGACGCAGCCCGAAACUCUAAGUGAGACAACGUUGCCGGAGGAGCUGGACAGCGGCAACAAGCAGCAGCAGCAGACAGAGGAGCUGCUGGCGGAGCAGAGCUUAAGCGAGUUGGCUGACGAAACGAAAUCCGCUGAAGAGAUCAGCGAAGACAAGAGCCAAACGCAAAUGGACAACACCACGCUCAGCCAACCGCAGCAACAGCAGCAGCAGCAGCAACAGCCACUGGGACAAACACCUUUGGGUGUGAGUGGCAUGCACCCGCUAACAGGCUACGAGGGACAGCAGUCGCAGCAGCCACAGCAGCAGCAGCAGCAGCAGCCGGGACUGACAGCACAGACAGCUGCGGCAGUUCCGCCACCCCCGCCGCCGACGCACAUGCAGCCCAUGUUGCCGCCAUAUCCAGGCGCAACAGGUGCCAUGUAUCCACCAUAUCCGAUGCUGCAUCAGCAGGAAAUUGCCGCGCUGCAACAGCAAAUACAAGAGCUCUAUUGCAUGCCGCCCGGACACGAGCAUCAGCAUCAGGACAAGCUCAUCCGCAUGCAGGAGCGCCUCCAGCUGCUGCAGCAACACGAACUGACCGAGCAGUGUGCGGGUGGGCCGCAGUGUCUGUUGUAUCAGAACAUGCCGCCGCUCUACGGCAGCAGUGCGUUGCACAAUCAGAUGGUCGAGAGUCCACAGGUCUCCAGCACAACGGGGCGUGGCCGUGGCAAGGGGGCCAACAAACCGCGCAAGCCACGUGCCAAAAAGGGUGACAAGGCGGCGGCAGCAGCUGCUGCAUUGCAGCAACAACAGCAACAGGAACUAAUGGACAUCAGUGGCAAUGUGGUUGUGGCUGCGGCCAGUGCGAGCAGCAGCAGUGGCAGCAUCAUUCCCAUACCCACCACUCAGUUGCCCGUCUCCGAGGACUGUGUUACCCAGGGAGCGGGCGAUACGAGCGUUGUCGGUCUACUCGAAUAUAGCGAGAGCAUGGGUGAUCUAUCGCAGGAUGUGCAUUCGGCCAAUGAGCUGGACACCUCCACCGAUGGCAGUGGCAAGAAGAAGAAGCCGCGCAAGCCACGCGCACCCAAAGAUCCAAAUAAGCCACCACGUGAUCGCACGCCGAAGGUGAAGAAGCCGCGGGAUCCCAAUGAUCCCAACUCCACAGAAUCUCCUGGAGGCGCACGCAAGCGAGCGAAUGUUAGCAAGCGUCGCAAACAGUUCGGAGAAGAUGGAGCCGAGCAAACGGGCGAAGGCAGCGAGCAGGAGGAUAACAAGCCACUGUUGCCCAAAUCCAGCGAAGGCGAGGCAGAGACCAGCGGCGGAGCUGGAGGCGUCGAUGGUGAAUCACCCGACUACGAUGACAUACCCGUCUCGAAGAUACCGAGAGGUGCGAACGACGACGACAACAAAGACGCCGAAGUGGGCGAUGAGACAGUGGACUCGGUGCCCGACUCGGCCGGCGAUGCAGCCAGUACGCCGAGCCGUCGAGAUCGGAAGCGUUCGACGGCGCGCAGUCGUCGCAAUGCCACGUCCGAAGAGGGAGGCAGUGCACGACGGAAUCGAGGCUCGCUGAGUGCCAAAGCCCUGAAGAAGCGACGCAAUCGUGGACGCAUCGUGCCCGAAUCGGAUGGCGAGGAUGAUACCAUGGAUCGUACGCCGCCGCCAUCGCCGCCGCCAGACUCUGAACUGGACUCGAAUAAGCGACGCUCCUCGAGAAACACACAGCGCAAGAAGUACAUAGACGACGUAAUGCUACGCUUCUCGGAUGAUGAGAACUCCCUGCUGGUAGCUUCCCCAGUGAAGAAGGAAAAGAAGUCGUCGUCGGCCAAUGCAGCCAACUCGAAUGCUGGCAGCGAUGUGGAGAAGGCAGAGCCACAGUCGGGCGCUGAGGGCGAGGCUGGUAGCUCAGCGGGCGAAGAGAAGCCCUCGGUGGCAGCGGAUGACACCAACAGCCAACUGGAGGCCAGCUCUAGCACCUCAGCCGCUGAGAAGGCGGAGAGGCAGAGUGCUAACGAGUCGGCUGCAUCGGCCAUGUCCUCGAAACCCAACUAUGUGUACAUCAAUACGGGCGACGAGGACAGCAUGGUGGUGCAGUUCGUCCUAGCCCUGCGCAUGGGCAAGCGGGAGCUGAUACCCGAGCCGCCCAAAGUAAAGACACCAGAGCCUAAGACGGAGGCAGAGAUCAAAGCGGAAGCAGCCGAGGCUGAAACGGAAAAGGCAGAGGAUAAAGAAACUGCUGAGAAGGCCGAGGACAAAGCCGAAAAGGCGGACGAAGAAGUCAAGAAAAUGGAUGAAGAUGACAAGGAGCAAGAGGAUAAACCAACGGAGGAGACGAAAGCUGAAGACGAGAGCAAAAUGGAAGUGGAUGAAAAGCCGGACGCAGUAAAGACAGAAAAGAGUGAUGAAGAGACGCCCGAAAAGGAGGCGGAGAAAAUGGAAACUGACGAGGCUGCAGAGCCGGAAAAGGCAGCUGAAGAUGCAGAUCAAAAAGAAAAGGUGGAGAAGGCAGAAGAUGAGCAAGAAGCAGAGGCCAAGACUGAUGAAUCACAAGAAAAGCCAGCUGAGCCAAAGAAGGAAGAUGUAAAAGAGGAGGAACUUAAAGAAAAAGAAACCGAAGCAGAGACAGAAAGUGACAAAGAGAAAGAAAAGGACAAGGAAAAAGAUGCUGAAGACGAAGCGACAGAGAAAAUGGAAGUAGAUGACGCCACAGCGGCGGAAGCUAAGAAAGAUGAGAAGAACGUCAAAGCAGAAGACGAAACAACAACAGAAGCAAAGACAGAAGACAAGGAUAAAGAUAGCGAGGACAAAGAGGCAACAAAACAGACUGAAGACGAUGCAGAGGAGGGAGACGACAAAUCAUCCACGGCUACAAAGGAUGAUAAGCCCGAACCAGUCUUCAUCGAUGUCGAGGAAUACUUUGUGAAGUACCGAAAUUUCAGUUAUCUGCACUGCGAAUGGCGCACGGAAGAGGAACUCCUCAAGGGAGAUCGUCGUGUGGCUGCAAAGAUACGUCGCUUCCAGCAGAAGCAAGCACAGCAAAUCAACAUAUUCGAGAAUAUCGAAGAGGAGCCCUUCAAUCCCGAUUUCGUUGAGGUGGAUCGUGUUCUGGACAUGUCCGUCCAUACGGACGAGAAUACCGGAGAGACGACCAAGCAUUAUUUGGUUAAAUGGAAAUCAUUGCCCUAUGAGGACUGCACCUGGGAGCUGGAAGAGGAUGUAGAUAAUGAUAAAAUUGAGCAGUACUUGCGCUUCAACAAAGUGCCAUUGCGCUGUGAGUGGAAGAGUCGUAAGCGUCCACAUCCGGAGCAAUGGAAGAAGCUGGAGAAGACGCCCAUUUAUAAGGGUGGUAAUAGCUUGCGACCCUAUCAGCUGGAGGGUCUGAAUUGGUUAAAGUUCUCCUGGUAUAACUCACACAAUUGCAUCUUGGCCGAUGAAAUGGGUCUGGGCAAGACCAUUCAGAGUCUGACCUUUGUACACUCGGUCUACGAAUACGGCAUAAGGGGACCGUUCUUGGUAAUAGCUCCUCUGUCGACCAUACCCAAUUGGCAGCGUGAAUUCGAGGGCUGGACCGACAUGAACGUGGUGGUCUACCACGGCUCGGUGACCAGCAAACAAAUGAUACAGGACUACGAGUUCUACUACAAGACAGAUAGCGGCAAAGUGCUUAAGGAGCCGAUUAAAUUCAAUGUCCUUAUCACCACAUUCGAGAUGAUUGUCACCGACUACAUGGAUCUGAAGGCCUUCAAUUGGCGUCUGUGUGUGAUCGACGAGGCGCAUCGCCUCAAGAAUCGCAAUUGCAAACUGCUUGAGGGUUUGCGACAGCUCAAUCUCGAACAUCGCGUUCUGCUCUCGGGCACACCCCUGCAGAACAACAUAAGCGAACUGUUCUCUUUGCUCAACUUCUUGGAGCCAAGUCAAUUCUCGUCGCAGGAGGAGUUCAUGUCGGAAUUCGGAAGUCUGCGCACCGAGGAGGAGGUCAAUAAGCUGCAAGUGCUACUCAAGCCGAUGAUGUUGCGACGUCUCAAGGACGAUGUCGAGAAGUCUCUAGCACCGAAGGAGGAGACCAUCAUCGAAGUGGAGCUGACGAACAUACAAAAGAAAUACUAUCGCGGCAUAUUGGAGCAAAACUUUAGCUUCCUCAAAAAGGGCACGACCUCGGCGAAUAUACCCAAUCUGAUGAAUACGAUGAUGGAGUUGCGCAAGUGCUGCAUACAUCCAUACUUGCUCAAUGGCGCCGAGGAGCAGAUCCAAUAUGACUUUAAGGCACAGCAUGGCGACGAUCCCGAGUCCUACUACAAGAAUCUUAUACUCUCGGCGGGUAAAAUGGUGCUGAUUGAUAAGCUGCUGCCCAAGCUGAAGGCGAACGGGCAUCGCGUGUUGAUCUUCAGCCAGAUGGUACGCUGCCUGGACAUACUCGAGGACUAUUUGGUGUACCGCAAAUAUCCGUUCGAACGGAUCGAUGGACGCAUUCGUGGUAAUUUACGUCAAGAGGCGAUUGAUCGCUAUUCGAAGCCCGGAUCGGAUCGUUUUGUCUUUCUGCUCUGCACCAAGGCUGGAGGAUUGGGCAUUAAUCUGACAGCCGCCGAUACGGUGAUCAUCUAUGAUUCCGAUUGGAAUCCCCAGAACGAUUUGCAGGCCCAGGCGCGUUGCCAUCGCAUUGGCCAACGCAAAAUGGUGAAGAUCUAUCGUUUGUUGUGUAGGAAUACCUACGAGCGGGAGAUGUUCGACAAGGCCUCGAUGAAACUGGGCCUGGACAAGGCUGUGCUGCAGUCCAUGAACACGCACGGCUCCAAGGAUGGCAACAACAAGCAGCUGUCCAAGAAGGAGAUCGAGGAUUUGCUCAAGAAGGGCGCCUAUGGCGCUGUCAUGGAUGACGACAAUGCGGGCGAUAAGUUCUGCGAAGAGGAUAUCGAUUCGAUUCUGAAGCGACGUACACAAGUCAUAACUAUGGAGUCGGAGAAGGGUUCGACCUUCUCGAAGGCUUCAUUUGCCGCCUCUGGCAAUCGCUCAGACAUUACCAUAGACGAUCCCGACUUUUGGACCAAGUGGGCCAAACGAGUGGACAUCGAUCCAGAUGCCUGUGAACGUGAUGAGACCGAAGAUCUGGUGCUAUCGGAGCCCAGAAGGCGCACACAGAUCAAACGUUAUGGACACGAGGAUGUGAUGGAAAUCAACUCGGAGGAUUCGUCGAAUGAGAACAGCGAUGAAGAGGGCGGCAUAGGUCUACGCUCGAGACGACGCAAGGAGAAGCGCGAUCGCAACCGCGAGAAGAAGGGACACGAUGAGUACAUACCCAGGGAGCGUGAUGCCCUGGCUGCUUUGGGUCUAGAGGAGAUUCAGUAUGGCAACUGGGCCAAGUCGGAAUGUUUCAAAGUGGAGAAAGGACUACUUUCAUUUGGUUGGGGUCGUUGGACGGAACUCUUGGAAUUGGGUCAAUUUAAGCGCGGCUGGCGCGAAGUGGACAUCGAGGACUGUGCGCGCAUUAUACUGCUGUACUGCCUGCAGGUGUACAAGGGUGACGAGAAGAUCAAGACGUUCAUCUGGGAUCUGAUAACACCGACCGAGGACGGCGAGGUGCAGAAGAUCAGCAGGGAUCAUAGUGGCCUACACAAUUUGGUGCCACGAGGACGCAAUGGUGGCAAGUCCAAUAAGGAGAUGGCCUGCGGCAGCUCGACACCUGCGCCGGGCACUGCAUCGGGCAGCAAUAGUGGCAACACGACGCCCGCCCACAAGUCUGGCUCACUGGAAUCGGACAAGGAUCAGGUGGGCGGGGUCAGUGCCAGUGCUGUGGCAGCGGCUGCGGCUGUUGCUGUGCCAACAGCAGCGCCCGCACCGCCCACUAGCAUCCACGAUCCGAACCACUGGAGCAAGAAGGAGAAAUACGAUGCGGAUGCGUAUCUGGAGGGCGCCUAUAAGAAGCAUCUGGGCAGACACGCCAAUAAGGUAUUGCUGCGCGUGCGCAUGCUCUAUUAUAUACAGCACGAGGUCAUUGGCGAAUUUGUGCAGCAGAUUAAGGAUAACACGCCCAUCAGCGAGCUACCAAUUCGGCCGCCACCAACGCCCGAUCAAGUGCCAUCCUCAUGGUGGAAUCCCAUUUGUUGUGAUAAGAGUCUAUUGGUUGGAACGUAUAAGCACGGCUGUGAAAUGUAUCGUCAAAUGAGAGCCGAUCCAAAUCUAUGCUUUGUUACCCAUGUGGGCGCCGGUGCCGGUGACGAUUUGGCCGUCACGAGUUUGCCAAUAAAUGAGGACGAUGCAAAUUCGAAGCACGAUGACGGCGAUGAGGUGGACGAUGAUGGCACCACCACAACCAAAGACUCCGAUUCCACGAAGCUAACAGCUGGCGACAACAAGGACUCACUAGAUCCAGAGCGUCCCAGUUCGUCGGGUAAGAGCGAUAAGUGCGAUAACAGCGAUAACAAUGGAUCGAUCGUACAAAAAGCAGCCAACGCCGAACUUGGCUCGGUUGUGGGCAAUGGCAGCGCCGUCGAGGCGGAACCAGCGGCACCAAAUGAAUUGGCACAAAAAGAAAAAGAAAAAGAAAACGAAAUUGAAAAAGAUAAUGCAAACGAUAAAGCAAAAGAAAAUGAAAACGAAAUUGAUAAAGAAAUUGAGAAAAGUAAUGAAAAAGCAGAAGGCAAAGCAGAGGCUGUGGCAGUCGCUGACGCUGAGGCAGUUGCUGAUGCCGAUUCAACAAGCUCGGCAGCAGCUGCUGUUGACGUCGACGCUGAGACAGCCGCUGCGGCCAGCGCAUUGGACACUGAUCUGGAUGUGGCUAAGAGCGAAGCCCUGGCCAAUGGAGCCGCUGCAGCGACAGCAUCAGCCGCUGGCGAAGCCGUUGAUGCCGCUGACAUUGCAACAGCCGAGUCUGGUUCUCAAUCAUGCACUAACGCCAACACAACCACCACCACCACCACCACUACCACAACCACAAAUAUCACCACCACCACCACUAUAACCACCAUUACCAAUCCAUCAACAACGACUACGACUGCGUCUGCCUCUGAGCCAGCGGGUCAAAACUGCGAAAAUGCUAACUCCAACUCAAAUUUAGGCUUGGACGAGGAGGAAAGCGUCGCUGGCAGCUAUCCACCAUCGACCCUGGCUGCCGCCGAGGAUGCCACCAUGUGGCCAUCGAUGCAGGAUCUGAAUACGCGCCUGCGCCGCGUCAUCACCGCCUACCAGCGCAACUACAAGAAGGAGGAGCUCAAGCAACAGCAAAAGGCCAAGCUACAGGCUUUGGUCUCAUCAACGCCACCGCUAUCGGUGCCAACCACCCCCACCCUGCAAUCGAUGCAAAUGCAGAUGCAGGGCGGCACUGGCGUUGGCGGCAAUGCGGUCGCCAACGUUGGCGUCGGCGUCGGCGUCGGCGGCGGGUCCGUUAGCCAGCUGCAGCAGCAGCUCGACUCGAGCAAUCGCAGCCUGCAGGCGUUGAUGCAGUCACAAGGUGCCAGCACCUCGGCUGCUGCAGCAGCAGCCGCUGCCGCCGCCGCCGGUGGCCCUGGUUCAUCGCACGGAUUGGUGGGUCAGCAUCAACAACAACAGCAGCAGCAGCAGCAACAACAGCAACAGCAGCAACAACAGCAACAACAGCAGCAGCAACAGCAGGUGGGCGGAACACAGGUGCCGGCCAUGCCCACCGCCGCAGAUAUCAGCCUUAUGCUGAGCAUCCUCAACACCACCGAUGUCAGCCAAUUGGCCAAUUUGGAUAUCAGCAAACUGGCCAUGUAUUUGGUCAGUAUGAACAAUAAAAUGGAGCGUCAGGGCAAGAUGGAGCUGGCGGCCAAGGAGCGCGAGUCGCAGCGUCUACAGCUAAUACCCAAGAAAUGGAAUCGUCGCGAGGAAUACGAAUUCCUGCGCGUGCUCACAGGCUACGGUGUGGAUAUGCAGCUGAACACGCCCAUGGGCGGCAACAGCAACAGCAGCAUCAACAUCACUAACAGCAGUGGCGCUAGCCAGACGCCCGACUGGACCAAGUUCAAGCAGAUGGCACAUCUGGAGCGGAAGAGCGAUGAAACAUUGAGUGAUUACUACAAAGUGUUUGUGGCCAUGUGCCGAAGACAGGCUGGCCUGAAGCUCAGCGAGAAUGAGCGUGGACUCGAAGGCAUUGUCGAGGAGGUGGAGAAGGAGCACGCCAAGCUCAUUCUAGAUCGGCUUGAGCUGCUGUCCAAGCUGCGCGAAGUAGCGCGCCAUCCCCAGCUGGAGGAACGACUGAAACUGUGCAUGAUGAAUGCGGAUACGCCCGAUUGGUGGGAGCCGGGACGGCAUGAUAAGGAGCUGAUUGCAGCCGUGUUGAAGCACGGUCUCUAUCGCUCCGAGACCUUCAUCUUCAAUGAUCCCAACUUUAGUUUCUGCGAGUCGGAAAAGCGCUUCAUUAGGGAACUGGAGGCCCAGAUACAGCGCACCAUCAAGCUGGAGGCGUUCAAUGCGGAGAAGGCGGCCGCAGCUGAGAAAGCUGCAGCAGCAGAAAAAGCGGCAGCAGCCGCCGCAGCAGCUGCAGCGGCAGUUAAGCAUGAGAUCAUCGAUCUGGACGAUGAGCUGUUGACCAAGGAGAGCGUCAUCAAGAAGGAGUCACCUGUGAAAGCGGAAGUGAAGCCAGAACAGAGCGCAGACAAGGCGGAAGUCGAUGAGGCGAGCGAAGAGAAAGCAACCGCUGAUAAAGUGGACGAGGAGAAGGUUGAAGAGAAGCCGUCCGACAAGCAAACGCCGAAGGAUGAAGCCAAGCCAAGCAGUGAAACCGCUGAAGACGCUGAAGAGCUGCCCGCGGCCAAGGCAAGUGAAGCGGAGGCUGAGACUCCAGCUGAGGCCGAGACGGAGGCCAAAUCCAAGGAGCAGAGCGAGGAGAAAAUGGAUGUGGAUGCCGAGCCCAUUGCAGAGAAUGGCAAUGAAAAGGAAGCCGAAACGGAAGCUGUUGCCACAGCCGAAGCAGAGAAGCCAGCUGAGAGCCUCAAGGACGAAGCAGCAGAAAAAGACGAGGAGAAGAAGUCAAGUGACAAACAAGACGAAGAAGACUCCAAGAUGGAAACGGAAUCCACAAAGUCAAUUGCUGCCGAGGAAAAGGAAUCCACUGAAACGUCGGCUACAGAAAAAGAGGACGAAGCAGCUGCCAAAGCAGAAGGCGAAAAAGGCGACGAAGCAGUUGCCGAGGCUGUCAAAGAGACGCCCGAGAAGGAGAAGCAGAAGGAGAACGAGAAUGAGAAGGAAACAGCUGCAGCUGAAACAACUGAAACUGAAACUGAAACGAAGAAAGUUGAAACCGAGGCAGAGGUCAGCAAGGCAGAUGAGUCCAAGACUUCGAGCAGUGCGGACAAGCCCGCAGCGGAGCAGGAGAUACUCGAUCUGGUGGCUGGACCCAGUGAUCCGGAUGACGAUGAGGUCAUGAAGGAGAAGGAGAAGGCAGUCGAGGAGGAAUGCAAGAAGCAAGCCGCUGAACUCAAGGCGCGCUUCCCCGACCUCGAGGUCAUUCAGCCGGCGGCUGUGAAACAGCAAAAGCUGGAGAAACCGAAGCUGGAGAUGUGCAUGAUCCGUUGGUUCAAGGACUUUGCCCUAGAGCGACGCAUCGCCCACAUUGUGGUGUGCGUGGAGACCAACAAGUGGCCAGUGGACAAGAACUACAGUGCCUUUGCCGGCCUGAAGGGCAACACGGAUCUGAACAUCGCCCUGCAUGAGUCCAUACCCCAUCUGAAUAGCAGCGAGCGCCGCUCCACGACGCCCGACGUGAUAACCAUAACCACAGAUCAGGGCGUGACGAAGCACUUGCAGGCCUCGCAGAUGCAACAGGUGGCCAGCAGUGCCGGCGUCGUCCCUGCCGCCAGCAGCGUGCCGGCGUUGCCCAAGCCCCAGAUAACAGCGCCAACAACGCUGCCUGGCCUGGAUGCGAACAGCAUCAAUGCGGCUGUGGCAGCUGCUGUCGCAGCGGCAGCCAGUGGCGGCAAUGCCACAUCUCUGUCAGCUCUGCUGCCGGGCAUGUCGCUGAGCGCGGCCACCGCGGGCGCAAGUGCAGCGGCAGCUGCAGCUGUCGGGGCAGCUGGUCUGAAUGUGCCCAGUGCUGGAACCCUGGGCUCGAAUGCGGGCAAGAAGCGCAAGCGUCACAUCGCCAUCGAUGUGGAGACGGAACGCGCCAAGCUGCAUGCGCUGCUGAAUAGCUCGUCAAUGGCUCCCAAAGAUUGGGAAAGCGAAAUAGCCAAUAUGGAGGCUCUAACCGGAGCUGCAGCUCGUCGUGGUGGCAGCUCAAGCUCGGCUGCGGCCUCUGCGGCCGCAUUGAGUGGAAUGCAACCGCCGCCCGCACAUCAGCAUGCCUCGCUGUCGCGUCAGUCCUCCGGUCAGUUCAAUAAGCCCGCUGUGCCGGCCAUGAAGACGCCGCCGCCAUCAAUGGGCGCGCCCAUGGACUUGUCCUCAAGCCUGCCCAAGAUGAAUAUGACAGAAAUGCUAAAGUCAGCCUCUAGCUCGGGCGCCAUCGAUCUGAGUGAGGUGCAGGACUUUUCGAUGCCCUCCAAGAAGUCGAGCGUGCAUGCAGCGCUCAGUUCCGCUUUCCCGUCAAUGGGCGGCAGCAAAAGCAAGCUGGAUGAUACGCUCAACAAGCUGAUGAAGAAAAACAAUUGCACCAUUGAGGAGCCCGUCAUUGGCAAGGAGAAGAAACGCAAGAAGCUGGAUGAGAUUGUCCUGGGUCUAUCGGCUGCCAAGGAGCAAAAGACCUUCCCCGAUCCCUCGUUGCCCUCGUCGAAGAAGCCACAGAUACCGCCCAGUGUGUCGGUGACGCCGGCUAAUCUUCAGGCGCCCAGCCAGCAGCAGUCCAAUCAGAAACCAUUUACCAUCACUGUGACGACAGUGCCCGGAAAGUCCAAGAGCGGCGGCCAAAGCAGCGGCAGCGGCAGCGGCGCUGGAGCCGGCGCCAGCAGCUCCUCGGGCAGCGGCCUGAGCGCCCUGCAAAACAUGGCCAUGGGCGGUCUGUCCAGCAAGGACAGUCUGAACGCACUGCUCGCCCAGACAAUGGCUACCGAUCCGCAAUCGUUCCUCAAGCAACAGCAGAAGAUGAUGCAGUUCCUGCCGCCCUCGCAGCGCAAGGCCUACGAGAACAUGCUCGCCGAAAUGGAGCAGGCAAUGAAGCUGAGCUGCAAGUACAACUCCUCGCACGAUGUCAAGGUGAACAAGUGGCUCUCGGACAUGACCAGUCCGCUGGGCGAUCAGCUGAGCAUUGACUAUGUGGGAGCCGGUGCUGGAGGCGGCGGAGGCGGAGCUGGCAGCAGCAACAGCCGUCGCGGCAAUCGAGGCCAACAGAGCAGCUCGAGUGCACAGCAGGCGGCCAAUGCGGCGCAGUUGCAGAAGCAACAGCAACAGCAGCAACAACAGCAACAGCAACAACAGCAGCAGCAACAGCAGCAACAACAACAGCAGCAACAACAACAGCAGCAGCAACAGCAGCAACAAUCGAUGGCUGGACCACAGGGUCUGACCGGAGAGGAGCCCGUGCCGGUGAUCAAUAAGCAAACGGGCAAACGACUGGGCGGCAAUAAGGCGCCCCAACUGAAGCGUCUGAUGCAGUGGCUCACCGAGAAUCCCAACUAUGAGGUAGAUCCCAAAUGGCUCGAACAGAUGCAGAAUCCCAUGUCAGCGCCCUCACCCAAGCCCAGUGUGAACACCAUGGACAACAGCAGCUACGGCGUCUCCAAAUCGCAUGGUGGACGACCCUCGUCCAAUUCAAGCAACGCCUCUUCCAGCAGCCACACCCAGCAGCCGAGUGCUGCGCAGUCGCCGGCUGGCAAUUCGAGCGGCUCGUCGAAGAAGUCGUCGAGGCAGAGUCAAUCGGCGGCGGCCUUGGAUCAGGCGGCGCUGCAGUUCGGUUCGCUGGCUGGCCUCAAUCCCAGUUUGCUGGCCAAUCUGCCCGGCUUGGGCGCCUUCGAUCCGAAGAAUCCGCUCGCCGCCUUCGAUCCGAAGAAUCCGCUGCUCUCGAUGCCGUUUGGCGGCAUGCCCGGCAUGAGCAAUCUGCCCGGUCUGGGCAAUCUCAACAAUAUGAAUCUGUUCGCCAGCCUGGCCGGCAUGGGCGGCUUGGGUAAUCUGGCCGGCAUGGAUGCCCAGUCACUGGCUGCGCUCAUGGCUGCUGCUGGACCAACGCUUGGCGGCCUCACGGGCAGCACAAACGCGGGCUCCGGCAAGAGCCAGUCGCAGUCCGGUGGUGGCGGCAACUCCUCCAGCACCUCCUCCUCGUCGGCGGCCAGCAAGAAGAAGCAACAGCAGCAGAACGAAGCCGCCCAACUGGCAGCCGUUGCUGCCGCCGCUGCAGUCAACAACAGCGGAGCCGGCAGCUCCUCGGGAGGCGGCAAGAACUCGAACGCCUCGGCCUCACAGUUGGCAGCCGGCUUUCCGUUCCUCUUCCCGAAUCCCUCGCUGCUGUAUCCGCCCAUGGGCCUGGGUGGACUCAAUCCCUACUCGCUGGGCAGCAGUGGCCUGGGCUCCGCAUACGAUCAGCUGGCACAGCAAUAUAAUCUGCUGAAUGGCGUGGCCACCUCAUCGGCCGCUGUCACCGGAUCCACGCAGUCGGGCAAGUCGCAUCAGUCGCAGUCGAGCAAGUCGAGCAAUUCACGCAACGCCUCCAACUCGGCGGCGAAUUCGGCAGCGAAUCUAAUGAAUGUCAUGGCCAGCAUGAGCGCCAACACGGUGACCACUCCAUCCAGCUCGAGCUCCAGUCGCAGCCGCCAGAGCAGCAGCCAGCGCAACUCGGCUGCCUCGGCCACGCCCAGUGCUGCGGACAUGGCACAGCUGUCCAGUCUACUGAUGCCUGGUGCUGAUCCCCAUCUGCUCGAGUCGCUCAGUCGCAUGAGCAGCAUGGAUCUGGCCCAAGCCACCCGUCUCAUGAGCUCCUUGGGCAUGCCGCCGCUGCCCACGCCCAGCAGCUCGAACAGCAACAGCACCAGCAGCUCCAGUGCCGCCAGCAAACGUGCCGCAGCAGCAGCCGCUGCCAAUGAGGCAUCCGCCAAGGAGCAACAGAAGUGGUUCGAGAGCAUUGCGCGUGGUGCAUUGCCCACGGAUCUGGCCGCACUGCAGGCCUUCUCGCAGGGCAAGAUGCCGAGCACCUCCUCCGUCAGCUCGAACAGCGGCGGCGGCUCCAGCUCGGGCAGCAAGAGCUCCAAGUCUGCAGCGGCAGCCGCCGCAGCAGCCGCAGCCGCAGCUGCCCAAAUGCCUCAGAUCCCAGGCAUGUCCAGUGACUUCUCGCAGGCACUUCUCGCCGAGAUGGCCGCCCAGGCAAUGGCUGCCGCCGGCGGUUCGCUGCCACUGAGUGGACCCGGUUCGCUGGCCAGCUUAGCUGGCCUGACAGGCGGCUCGUCCUCCUCCGCUGGAGGCGGAGGUGGCGGCGGCGGAAGCAGCAGCAGCAGCUCGGCUGCCAAGCGACAGCGCGAACAGGAUGCAUUCAAGCAGCAAAUGGACUUCUACACCAAGUCGUUGGGCCUGGGCUCGGGCAUCUCGCUGAUACCCACCUCGUCGUCGGGCAGCAGUAGCAGCCUGAAUGCUGCCGCCGCCUAUGCAGCCGCUCUGGAUGCAGAGCACCUGCAGCAGCAGCAGCAGCAGCAGCAACAGCAGCAGCAACACAAAUCGAAACGCGCACGCAGCGAGCUGCAUCCCACGAAGGAUGAGCUGGCAGCUGCUGCUCUAGCUGCUGGUCUGCCGCUCAAUUUGGGAGCCAGCAUCGAGAAGAGUUUGCGUGGUGGCUCCAGCAGCUCCUCGACGCCAGCGCCGCCCACGCCCACCCCCGAGCAGGACAAAGUGACCCUGACACCGUUGAACGCAAGCGCCUCGAGUGCCGCCAAUGCGGCGAUUGCGGCCAAUCUGCCAUCACAGACAACGAUCACCAUUGCGCCGCCCAUCAGCAGCGGCGCCAGCACCAGCAGCGAGCGGUCGGAGCGCAGCGAGUCGCGCAUCUCGUUGACCAUAACGAAUGCGGCGGAUGCCGCCAAACUGCCACCGCCCUACGAGGAGGCCGACGAGCUGAUCAUACAGCCCAUACUGAAGAAGCCAGCGGCGCCGGGCAGCAGUCACAGCGGUAGCGUUGAGGAUCUGGAUGCCAGUGGAGCAGCCAACAAUUCAGCGGCCAAUUUGAGUGGUUCCAGCAGCAGCAGCUCCUCCGUCGCCGCCGCAGCGGCAGCGGCGGCUGCUGCCGAAGAGAAUCGACGCUCUUCCAAUCGUCUAAAGCGUCCGCGUUCCGGCAACGAAACCGAACAACAGCCCCCAGAGAAGCGGCGCGAGCUGCGUUCCACGCGUCACACACGUCAGUCGGCGGAUGCUGCCACUCUAAAUCUAUCGGCGGGCAGCGAGUCUGAGGACCGGAAUGAAUGAGUAAAGCGAAGCGCCUAGCAACACGACAGCGCCCCAAGUGUGGGCGUCCGAACCAGACAGGGCAACAGGAACAGUAAAUGCAACAAACGCAUCAACAACAACAACAACAACAAGAAGAAUAUAAGUAACAAACCUAAAGCUAAACACGUUAAAAACAAAACCAACAACCAGAAGCAAAAGCAAACGCCACAACAACAACAACAACAGCAACAACUCAAAAAGGCUACUAGACUGAGCCGAACGAGAAAUGCGAAUGGCAACGGUAGCGGUAACGGUAGCAGUAACGGUAACGGAAACGGAAACGGACGAGCAGCGGCUAAAGCUGAGACAAGAAGCGCACGCAAAUUGAACUCAAGGCUAAAUGUAACAAGCAGAUGCACGCGAACUAGUUCCAAAGCGAGAACCAGAACAAGAGCGCGCAUUAGUGCGAA